UGCAUGUUUUGAUCUUUUACCCAUGUAGAAAAGUUAUGUAAUUACAAAAACGCUUAGCCAGAUAAUAGCAAACUGGCUAGUUUUCUAGCUCUAUAAAUCAAAAUAUUUAUUGAAAAUAGUGACUAAGUGAUAUUUUGUAACUCCUCACAGCCAAUGAACCCAAAAAAACGUUUCUAUUCAAGGUUGAUAGUUUUUCUUUCCUGCUAAAUACUGUACGCCUCAGUCAAUGUCAGAAUGAUUGAAGCUAAACAUUUUUUACAGAUGAAACCAGAGGUCGAGAAAUUCUUUGCUUCUCCAAAAGAUAUGCUCAAACAGUUUAUGCAGGUUUUGGAUUUUCAAGAUGGCCACAGACAAAGACUCAUAAAGCACAAAAUGAGCCUGGGCGCCUCAGAUAAACAGAGCCGUGAAAGUGACAUCACGGCACAAGGAUUUCGGGAACUGCAAAGGGAAUACCAAAAGCUGAGAGAGGAGAAUAAUCGGUUAAAGCAGGCACUAGGGGCGAUACCGCAGCUCGACACCACAUUCACAAGUAAUGAAAAGUCCUCUUCGUAA